AUGAAAAUCUCUAGAAAUAAUUUUCAAAAGAAUCAAGUCCCUAAUAUGAACAUGAAAAGUAUUCGGGAGAAGAUAGAGAAGGUUAAACCGCACUUCUUGAAAGUUGCAUCUGAUACGCUCCAAGGAUAUGCUUUUGGAUGCAUGGUGGGGGUAUUUUCAUCAUCCAAAAAACCAACUCUCAGCAGCAUUCAUGAAUCUGGAAAGUCUUUUGCAAAGAUUAGUCUGGUGUACUCCACAACGGAAUCGAGUCUUCAGCUUUAUGGGUCGGAAAAUGCUCCACUCAACAGCUUCAUCAGUGGAGUGGUUGCUGGAGGCCUUGGAGUAAAUGACAAAUCCAAAAGAACCAUUUUUGCAGGAGCAGCAUCAUUUGGAUUGUAUACUGGGAUGUCAAGUGCUUUUUCUGUGAGAGGGCAGAAAUGA